CCUCGAAGAAAAUCACCGAAGGGAAAUAGAUUUCAGACACUUUUACACUCUCUUUCUUCUUCCUUUCAAAUAGGGUUUUAGGGUUCUUGCCCUCGAGAAAUCCCCAACUCAAUACCCCCAAAACGUCAGCGUUUUCCGCAAAUCUCCCAUCGAUGGCGACCGAAUUAGUUAUCAGCACAGACAGAGUUCAGAAAUUCUACGACGACCUCGAAGCCCAGAAGACCAUUCUAUCCUCCUGCACCCAGCUAUUCACAACCCUUUCCAAUCGCUUCUCCUCCCUCCAGGACUCCCUCUCUCAGAAGUCCCAGUCCCUUGAGUCCAAAAUCGAAGCACUGGAAUCUAAUUCCCGGGAAACCCUCGAAUCCCUCUCCAAUCGCGAGAAUUCAAUUCCCGAGCGGGAGUCGGCUGCCGUGGCACGCAUCGAGGAGCAGAGAGAAGCCGCCCUUUCGGAAUUCGAGAAUCCCAUUUCGGCGACAGCCGAGCUGUCCGAAAACCUGAAAUCCCUUUCCCGGAAAAUGGACUCCUCGGGGCUGUUGAGGUUCAUCGUGUCGAAGCGGAAAGAGUCGGUUUCGCUGCGUGCGGAGAUCUCGAAAGCGAUCGCGGAGGCUGUGGACCCGCCGAGGCUGGUCUUGGACGCCAUGGAAGAGUUUCUUAGCAAGAAGUCGGCGGAUAGGCGGUGGGCCUGUGGAAUGCUGGUUCAGGCGCUGUUUCCAGAAGCGAACGCCAGUCGUUCAGGGCCGGAGUUCGCAAGUAGCGUUGUGGAGAGAGCGGCUGGGAUCCUGGGGCUGUGGAAGGGGCAAAUGGACGAGGAAGGUGGGGCAUUGGGGCCGGCCGAGGCCGUGAUGCUCUUGCAAAUGGUGGUUGGGUUAGGUUUGCGGUCAAGGUUCGAUGAGGAGUAUCUGAGGAAGCUGGUGGUAGAGUUUGCCGCCCGGAGGGAUAUGGCAAAGCUCGCUGCCUCGUUGGGAUUUGGGGAGAAAAUGGCAGAUAUUAUUGAUGAACUGGUGAAGAGUGGUAAAGAGAUAGAAGCUGUGUAUUUUGCUUCUGAGGCUGGUUUGACAGAAAGGUUUUCUCCUGUUUCUCUGAUCAAGUUGUAUCUCAAGAACUCCAAAAAGAAUGCUAGCACCAUAUUGAAGAAUGGCAAUAAUAGCAUGGCCACAAUAGAGGAGUCAAGCACUCUGGAGUUGAAUUCCAUUAGAGCCAUCAUCAAAUGUGUAGAAGACCACAAGCUGGAAUCAGAGUUUUCCCUUGAUAGCUUGAGGAAGCGGGCUACUCAUCUGGAGAAAGCCAAGGCAGAACGGAAGAAGAAUUCAGCUGCUGCAAGUAAGCCUCAGAAUAAGCGACCUUAUGGUGCUGGUGGUGGCCGAGGCAGUGGACCGCCUUCUUACCGUCCAUCCAAAGCAGCCAAAUAUACUAACGCCUACACUCCUUUUAACCGGAGGAACCCACCUCCUCCUGCGCAGCAUAGCCCAGCCGCUAGAUAUUCUGUGCAGUACAACUAUCCUAGCCAAAGUGUUUACGAGGGUCCCAGUACAACCCCGUAUGCUUCGAGCUAUGGUGUUCCCCACAGUCAAAGUCCUGCUGCAAUUCCUCGGCAACAGUACGCUCUCCCUGUUGACAGUGUGGGCGCUGCUGGGUAUCGGGCCAGCGGGUCUUAUGGAGGGCAGACUAGCUAUGGUGCUUAUGAUUAUGGCAAUGCUGUUCCACCCACGUACCAACCUUCCUCAUAUACACAGUAAUUCAGAAGCAUCAGUAGCUAGAUAAUUUAGGAUUUUUAUAUUUUGGUGAUUCCUCAGAUGUGUUCCUCCUUUUGGGAGUGCCCUUUUUUAUCUUAGGUUUUCGAGUUCUCCCUUAUUGGUGGUCAAACUGGGAAUAAAAUCGAGGUUUUGGAUUU